ACAUUGCCUCGUUGACGUGUGUCAGACAGACUGGGGGAUUGGUGCAGGCGUUAGAGUGGUAUUCGUCGUCGCCUGACAACAGAGAAAACAUCCUCAACCAACAACGAAAAUUAGCAAGAAUAUACUAUUCCUGUCUAUACCAUAACUCGAAGUGAUGCGACACAUGACUCUUAUAUUUUACGAGUCUGUCUACAAGUUGCUUUGGACGCAACCAGUUUGUCGCAGUGUAUCUCGGUGAUACAUAAUCUAAUGGCAAAAAGAGUUUGUGUUGUAGGAGCCGGUGUAUCAGGAGUUUGCACUGUUAAAUCGUGUGUGGAAGAAGGAUUGGAUCCUACCUGUUACGAAACGAGGGAAGGUGUAGGCGGCCUGUGGCUCUACAAAAAAGGAGAACGUUUACAAAGAUCGAGGGUUUAUGAAUCGCUCGUCUCAAACGUCAGCAAAGAGGCGUCUUGCUUCAGUGAUUUUCCGUAUCCGAAAAAUCAAACACCUUACUGUUCUCAUACCAAAAUUGUGGAGUAUUUGACUAGUUACGUAGAGCAUUUCAAUCUCGGAAACCGAUUCAUAUUCAAUACAAUUGUCGAAAAUAUCGAACGUCAAGGAUUUCAUAAAUCUGGUGAGCCAAAAUGGAUGGUGACAAUUCGGAAUUUGCAUACUUCCUCGAGGGAAACGUUGGAGUACGAUGCAGUUAUUAUAUGUGGUGGACGGGAUGGCAAACCAAAAAUGCCAGAUAUUGAAGGCUUAUCGGACGGAAUGUUCGAAGGGGAAGUCAUGCACUCUUGCCAGUUUGACUCCUCGGAAAUUUUUCUAGAUAAAACUGUAGUUGUUAUUGGUCUGGGAAAUUCUGGAGCUGAUAUUGCUGUCGAAGUAAGUAGGAAAGCGAAGAAAACUAUAAUGAGCAGAUCAGCUGGGUCGUGGAUGAUUCCUAGAAUUAUGAAAGGAGGACUGCCGGGAGACAUGCAAACUAGUUCACGAUUCAAUGCCUUUUUAAAGUCGUGGCUUCCGGAAUUUGUAGGCGAUUGGCUUGUUCGAAAAAUUGUGAAUUCUCGCUUUAAUCAUGAUGCAUUGGGGAUAUCUCCGAGGUAUAAACCUGGUGAUCGUCCCAAUUAUCUGGUAAAUGAUGAAUUUCCUUCAAGAAUUGUUUCCGGUAAAGUUGUAGUAAAACCAGAAAUCGAAAAACUUGAUGCAAAUUCAGUUUAUUUUUCUGAUGGAACAAAGGAAAAAGUUGAUAUUGUUAUUUGUGCAACUGGAUAUGAUUCGUAUUUCCCAUUCAUUAGUGAUGACAUUUUACCAGACGAUCGCUCACAAAUGAAAUUGUUUGAGUGGAUGAUUCCCUUUGAAAUGGAUUAUCCGGAAUCAUUGGCAGUAGUUGGAGUGAUCCCUUUUUCAGGUGGAUCGCAAAUCCUUCAAAUAGAAUGCCAGUCUAGAUACGUUGCACAAAUAAUGAGUGGCAUAAAAAGACUUCCCUCAGUCGAGGAAAUGAAAAAGGCAUACGAAGAUGAUAUAAGUGAUUUUGUUGGGCAAGGAAGGACCUUCAUUUUUCGGAGAAAAAUAGGAUUCGAAUAUCAAGAUCGAGUUGCCAAUUUAGGAGGAUUUUAUCCAAUAUUAUGGAAGCUACUGUUACGUGACCCUAAACUUGCAUUUGCAGUUUGCUUCGGUCCUUUCAUGUCGUAUCAAUAUCGUUUGUUUGGAAGACACCAGUGGAAACAAGCAAGAGAAAGAAUAUUAAACGCGAUUCCUAAUACGUUAUAUGCUAUUAGUUCUAAAGAGCGGUUUCAAUAGCAGUUUGCAGUCGUCAAUUAAGAUAAUAAAAAUAUACACUUCGUAGACCGAUGAAAGCAGUCCAUGUUUCUGCCUUAUAAAGAGUUGAUAAGAUAAGGUAUAAUUGCUAAUGCGUAUUUCAAAGCUGUAUAUAACAGCAUGACAUACACAAGUAUAUAUAUGAUUGAAAAAUAUUCGUACAAAAUUAAUUUUACAUGACUAGCUGAUCAUACAAAGUUGAAAAAGAUAUACGCAACUGUGUUCGUAGCAAUUUUCUAGUAAUUGACAUUACGAUAUAAGAUAAGCGCCGGUAGGCGUCUACUCUAGGAUCUCCGCUGAUAUACUUGAGGCGGCUGCACUCCAACAAUUCGUCUCCAUCCACGCAAAGUUGCACUGAUAACAAGUGCACUGACCGUAUUACCGAAUCUGCCUGUUCAUUUGAGCUGUGUUCGUCUCAUCUGUAUUCUUGUGUAAGUGGUAUACUGUGGCUAAUAAUUAUCAUGUUCACCAAAAUUUACAAGGCUUUCCCAGUUUCUGAGAUCAAAUAAAUGUUAAUUACUACCAUC